CUUUGGACUUCAUUUCCAUUUACUUGUUCAAUCGCAUCUCAUCUAAGCCGUUCCGUCCUUUCAGCUUGAAGGAACACCAUUUUUUCUUUUUAAUUUCUUUCUUCUCACCCACCCUUCUUCUUCUUUUCUAUCUCCUCCAGUUUCCUAACUUCCUAUCUCUUCUGAUUUUCCGGUGAGUCAUGGCAGGAGCAUUAAUUCAGUCCAUAAACAUCCCUGCAUCAUUUGGUUGUCAAGUAAAUGGGCAAUAUCAAAGAUCUGCCAAGGGAAAGAAGGCUGUAAAGAUGAUGGCUAGUGUUCAAGCACCCGGAUAUAGAAUUAGAAGUUUCUCGGGUUUGCGUGGUGGUAAUACUCUGGAUACCUUGGGAUCUACCAGUGAAUGUUUUUAUGCCAAGAUGAGGGCUGUGCUUUCUGGGCGUAAAGGGACAGCCAGUAGGGGUGUAGUAAGAGCAAUGUUCGAACGAUUUACGGAGAAAGCCAUUAAAGUUAUAAUGCUUGCUCAAGAAGAGGCCAGACGGCUGGGUCACAAUUUUGUGGGCACGGAGCAAAUUCUUCUGGGUCUUAUUGGGGAAGGUACUGGAAUUGCUGCUAAGGUUUUGAAAUCCAUGGGGAUUAAUUUGAAAGAUGCUCGAGUUGAAGUUGAGAAGAUUAUUGGAAGGGGCAGUGGAUUUGUUGCUGUUGAAAUUCCAUUUACUCCUCGUGCUAAGCGGGUUUUAGAAUUGUCAUUGGAGGAAGCUCGUCAACUUGGCCAUAACUACAUUGGGUCCGAGCACUUACUUUUGGGUCUUCUUCGUGAGGGUGAGGGUGUAGCUGCUCGUGUUUUGGAAAACUUGGGUGCUGAUCCUAGUAACAUUCGUACCCAGGUUAUACGUAUGGUGGGUGAAAACACAGAAGCUGUUGGUGCUGGUGUUGGAGGGGGCACUACAGGGACUAAGAUGCCAACCUUGGAGGAGUAUGGAACAAAUUUGACAAAAUUGGCGGAAGAGGGAAAAUUGGAUCCUGUUGUUGGAAGGCAGCCGCAAAUAGAGCGUGUUACCCAAAUUCUUGGUAGGAGAACAAAAAAUAACCCAUGUCUAAUUGGAGAGCCCGGUGUUGGUAAAACAGCAAUUGCAGAGGGCCUUGCUCAAAGAAUAGCUAAUGGUGAUGUUCCCGAAACAAUUGAAGGGAAGAAGGUUAUAACUCUUGAUAUGGGUUUACUGGUUGCUGGAACGAAAUAUCGUGGAGAAUUUGAAGAGAGAUUAAAGAAGUUGAUGGAGGAAAUUAAACAGAGUGAUGAGAUUAUUCUAUUCAUUGAUGAAGUACAUACUUUGAUUGGGGCAGGAGCAGCAGAGGGAGCCAUCGAUGCUGCAAACAUCUUAAAACCAGCUCUUGCUAGGGGUGAAUUACAGUGUAUUGGAGCCACCACUCUUGAUGAAUACAGAAAGCAUAUCGAGAAAGAUCCAGCACUUGAGAGAAGGUUUCAGCCUGUCAAAGUGCCUGAACCUACCGUAGAUGAAACGAUACAGAUUUUGAAAGGGCUCCGUGAACGUUACGAAAUUCAUCACAAACUUCGUUACACGGAUGAAGCACUAGUUGCUGCAGCAGAACUAUCGUACCAGUAUAUCAGUGACCGUUUCCUGCCCGAUAAAGCUAUUGAUCUUAUUGAUGAAGCUGGUUCCAGGGUUCGCUUGCGCCAUGCUCAGCUCCCUGAAGAAGCUAGAGAGCUUGAGAAAGAACUUAGGCAGAUCACAAAAGAGAAGAAUGAAGCUGUUCGUGGUCAAGACUUUGAAAAGGCUGGUGAGUUGCGUGACAGAGAAAUGGACCUUAAGGCCCAAAUUACCGCUCUUGUAGAAAAGAACAAGGAAAUGAGUAAGGCAGAAACAGAAGCUGGGGAUGUCGGUCCUAUCGUCACAGAAUCAGAUAUUCAGCACAUUGUGUCUUCCUGGACUGGUAUUCCAGUUGAGAAAGUAUCUACCGAUGAAUCUGACCGACUUCUCAAAAUGGAGGACACUCUCCAUACAAGAGUUAUUGGACAAGAUGAAGCUGUUAAAGCCAUUAGUCGUGCCAUCCGUCGUGCUCGUGUAGGCCUUAAGAACCCCAAUCGUCCCAUUGCUAGCUUCAUUUUCUCAGGUCCAACUGGUGUUGGAAAGUCGGAACUUGCAAAAUCUUUGGCUGCGUACUACUUUGGAUCCGAAGAAGCCAUGAUACGGCUUGAUAUGAGUGAGUUCAUGGAAAGGCACACUGUAUCAAAGCUUAUUGGUUCACCUCCAGGUUAUGUGGGUUACACCGAGGGUGGCCAGCUUACCGAGGCAGUUAGACGUCGCCCUUACACGGUGGUACUUUUUGAUGAAAUCGAGAAAGCUCAUCCUGAUGUCUUCAACAUGAUGCUUCAAAUUCUUGAAGAUGGAAGGCUGACCGACAGCAAGGGAAGGACCGUUGAUUUCAAAAACACGCUUCUUAUUAUGACCUCAAACGUUGGUAGCAGUGUCAUCGAGAAAGGUGGUCGUAGGAUAGGGUUUGACCUUGACUAUGACGAGAAGGAUAGCAGUUACAACCGAAUCAAGAGCCUAGUGACCGAAGAACUCAAGCAGUACUUUAGGCCUGAGUUCUUAAACAGAUUAGAUGAGAUGAUUGUGUUCAGGCAACUCACAAAGCUCGAGGUCAAGGAAAUUGCCGAUAUUAUGUUGAAGGAGGUGUUCGAGAGGUUGAAAAACAAAGAUAUUGAACUUCAAGUAACCGAAAGGUUCAGAGAUAGGGUUGUCGAGGAAGGUUACAACCCAAGUUACGGUGCUAGGCCUUUAAGAAGAGCCAUCAUGCGACUUCUCGAGGACAGCAUGGCCGAGAGAAUGCUUGCCGGGGAAAUCAAAGACGGUGAUUCAGUAAUUGUGGAUGUCGAUUCUGACGGAAAUGUCAUUGUUCUCAAUGGUAGCAGCGGUGCACCUCCUGAGAGCCUUCCCGAGCCUAUCACUGUUUAGGCGAAUACGGUGUCUGAUGGUUUGAUUUUCAUAGUAUGUUUGUACUUUGGAUUUUCUUUCUGAAUUCCCAUAUAGAUAUGGCCUUUAUAAAAAAUGUAGAAAUUAGAAACAGGACUAAUGGUUUAUAGUGGCCAUUGCGACAGUAAUUACAACAGUUUCAGAAAGCUGUAGUAUCAUUUCUCUCCAGUAAGUAUAGUUGUAGGUGAACUUUUUGGUUCUGACAGAAAUUAGGAAAUCUUAUAUAGUUCAAGGACAUUGAUAUUCUUGUUUUUCA